UGAGUCGUUGGGUUGAGGAGGAGUGCGGUUGGAGUGCGAGAGGGUCGCGGCCGCGAUGAUCUGACAGAUGAAAUAGCGAAAAAAAAGAAAGAGAAGGCGGUCGUCCUCCCACACAAAACAAUGUUCCCCAAAGGCAAAGGCACCCCGGUGCCGUCGGACGGCCAGGCGCGAGAAAAGUUGGCUCUGUACGUGUAUGAGUAUUUGUUGCACAUAGGAGCACAGAAGUCUGCACAGACCUUUUUAUCAGAGAUCCGAUGGGAGAAAAACAUAACACUUGGAGAACCCCCUGGAUUCCUACAUUCCUGGUGGUGUGUAUUCUGGGACUUGUAUUGUGCUGCACCGGAGAGGAGAGAGACAUGUGACCACUCCAGCGAAGCGAAAGCCUUCCAUGAUUACAGUGCAGCAGCAGCUCCCAGUCCUGUGAUGGGAGGGAUGCCCCCUGGUGAAGGCAUGCCAGGAGGACCCAUGCCACCCGGCUUUUUCCAGGGUCCUCCUGGUCCCCAGGGCUCUCCUCACCCUCAGCCUCCUCCCCCUAACAGUAUGAUGGGACCUCACAGUCAGUCUUUCAUGUCACCUCGCUUUGCUGGAGGCCCGAGAGGUCCCCCCAUCAGGAUGGCCAACCAGCCACCAGGUGGAGGACCAGGUCCUCAUCCCAUGCUGCCCAACAUGGACCCAACACGACCACAAGGCCAUCCUAACUUGGGGUCAAUGCAGAGAAUUGGCGGCCCUCGAGGCAUGGGACCCAUGGGGCCUGGCCCACAGAACUUUGGUGGAGGAAUGAGGCCUCCACACAACACCAUGGGUCCCGGUAUGCCAGGAGUCAACAUGGGCCCAGGGACUGGUCGGCCAUGGCCCAAUCCCAACAAUGCCAACUCUAUGCCUUACUCAUCACCGUCUCCUGGUGCAUACGGGGGUGCCUCUGGAGGUGGGGGCCCCCCAGGAACUCCCAUCAUGCCCAGCCCUGCAGACUCAAACAACUCUGGUGACAAUUUGUACACCAUGAUCAACACUGGACCCGGCAACCGAAAUAAUUUCCCUAUGGGCCCCGGCUCUGACGGACCCCUGGGAGCUAUGGCUGGGAUGGAACCACACCACAUGAACGGGUCACUAGGCUCUGGUGAUUUGGAUGGAAUGAACAAGAAUUCCCCAAACAAUUUAAGUGGCAUUAGCAAUCCUCCUGGGACCCCAAGGGAUGACGGGGAGCUGAGUGGAAACUUCCUCCACUCCUUUCAGAGUGAGAACUACUCUCCAACCAUGACGAUGAGUGUGUGACCUCCCCUCUGCCCAACCCGACAUUAUUUGCCAUCAUUCCGAGGAUCUGAACUCACUAUAGGACACGGCCAAACACAUCAGCACCGAAUCAGGGACAGGCGCCAUUUUGGUUCCACACUAACGCCAGAAUGCUGAUCGGAGAAAAAAAUCCAAAUGGCUGGCGACUACUGCUCCUUACUCAAACAUGAAGGACAAUUUCUCCAUUUAUCACAACCCCAAGUGUGACGAAACCAGCUACUGAAAAUGCAUACAUGACACGUUUUAUGUUCUUUGCAGAGCCCCCCCAUAACCCUCCUUCAGCCCCGCUAGAGCGAAGAGGGAAAAAAAAUGGUUGAAGUUUACCUCUUGUACUUUUUAAUUACUGCUUUGUGGUGCAAGAUGUGCAGGAAAUGUCUCCGCUUUUGUCACUUAAAACACUGGAGAGUGUGCAUAUGCAUUGUGAGCUUGGAAAGUCUUUGUCUUGUCAUUUUAUGCCAUUUUCGCCAUGCAUACUGUGUCACGAACGUCAGUUGACAUAGGACUGAGAAUUUGCCUUUUACUCUGUGGCCACCUUUAUGAAUAACGUACUAUCCUUCCCAACGCCCACCCUUCUAUUUAAAGAGGUUUGUAAGGGGAAAAGACUUGAAAGAUUACGGCUUUUAUUGUGACGACCUUUCACGGUAUGUAAGUGCUCAGAUGGUUCUUACAAUGUCAAAUUGAUCCCGUUUGAUCAAUUUCAGUCUCUUAUUGUUGACAGCAAUGCGAUCCUGCGCUCUUGGCUGUUUAAUUUAAACAGCAAGAUUGCCAUUGCGUUCUGUCAAGGGAAACCAGACUUCGGCAUAAGAAGUGAGUGCAUGAAUGCUGAGAAUCUGUGUACAACAUACUACCUAGUGCUGCUCUUCUCUAUGUGGACACCUGCUUUAAGAUGUGGUGUAUAUCUCUUUACCUGUCUGUGCUUAACACUCUGUGCUCUUCAUCGUCGUAGCCUUCUGUGUUCUCUCCAGUUUGGUUGAUUAUGAAUGAGCUGUCCAUUUUAACCUCAUACAUAUUGGUUGUUCAUACUUCCCUUCCUGUAUCAUUGGUCGUCCCCUUGGCCCUGCCCUCUUCUUGCCCGCCCACACAUUUUUUUAUAUUUUGAUACAAUCUUUGACUACAUAUAUUGCCCCAGUUAUUCAGUUAGUCAAAGCUUUCUAAACCGAUUCUAGUAGGCAUCAUUAUAAACUUAGCAGCAGUCUUGUAAAUGUGAUGAGAAUUUUUUUUUUUUUUUUCCCUGUGAACAUUACGCAUUAUAUACAUCUGUCCUAUGUUGCCUUUAUUUGCUGAUAUUUUUUUAUUUCAAAUUGAGGAAAGAUUGCUUGUUAAUAUAAUUUUACAAUAACUUAACUAAACUGUGUGGAUUGUUUUAUUUUUCCUGAAUUUAAAUUCACAUCGCUUCACAUUUAAAGGGUAACUCUGGCAUUUUUCAACCUGAACCCUAUUUUCCUAUAUUUUUGAGUCUUAAUGACUGAUGUGAACAAGAAAUUUUAAAAUUGGUCCAGUGUUGAGAGAGAGGGCUACAGCCUGCAGCCAUGCAGUGCCCACAGUGUAGCCAGAUGGGGCAGUUGUGUAAAGUCACUGUACGUUUAUUAGAAGUGGUCAUUUUUGCCACAGACAGGCUCUGAUUGUUAUUAUAAGUGUCUGAGGUGACUCCUAACCUUUUGCUUGAGUGUGUUUGUUAAUGUCAAAAUCUUGCUCAAGUCUUGUUCUGAAAUCUCACAAAAAUUGCUUUUUUGCAGUAAAACUAUGUUAGAAAUGCCA